AUGAGGCUUUUUAGGUCGCCGUGGGCGACCUUCGCUCUGGGAGCUGCUGCCGGCUCUUGUAACGAUGGCCAUGCAGGUCUCGCGUCUUUAGGUGCAGAAGCAGAGGAGCAGGGGCCGAGCCACCAGGACCAGUACCAGGAGAAACAGCUUCACGAGCAGCACCUGAAACCACCUGAAAAAUCACCUGAUGCUGACCCAGCUCCUGCUGCCACAGGAAUAUCUCGUCCACCCGAGUCGCUGCACGGUUCUAGCAGUCACGAACCUGCUGGUGGGGGGGAGGCACGUGGCAGUGGUGGAUUGGAUGGCCAGGAUCUUGCCAGCCUGGCAGCGGCUGAUGAUGACAUCAUCGUGGAGCAGUUCACCAGGAACAUUCAAAUGUUUGGUCUGCCCGGCCAGCUGGCAGUGCACAGGGCGUUUGUGGUGGUGGUGGGGCUGGGGGGGGUGGGCAGCCAUGCUGCUGCCGCGCUGCUGAGGUGUGGCGUUGGCCGGCUGAGACUCGUUGACUUUGACCAGGUGUCGCUAUCCUCGCUUAAUUGCCACGCUGUUGCCACGCGGGCAGACGUGUCACUGUCAUCUCUCAAUCGCCAUGCUGUUGCCACGCGGGCAGAUGUUGGAAUCUCCAAGGCGCAAUGCAUGAGAGAGCAUUUCCUUCGCAUUCUGCCCGAAGCGCUAGUGGAGGGAAUGACAGCCAUGUACACGGAGGAGAACGAGGAGAAAUUUUUGUCCGGGCAGCCCGACUACGUUGUGGACUGCAUCGAUAACAUCGACACAAAGGUGGCUCUGCUCUCAGCCUGUGUGCGCCGCGGCCUGCCUGUCAUCAGCGCCAUGGGGGCAGGUGCCCGUGCCGACCCCACUCGCAUCCGCAUUGCUGAUAUUAGCGAGUCAUCCAUCGACCCUCUCUCGCGUGCGGCGCUGGGAGCGGCAGCAGCAGUGGAGGCGGUGUUUUCUCUGGAUCGUCCCAAGGCCAAGCUGCUGCCCGUGGCUCACGACUCCUUGCAGCCUGCUGACCUCCAGGUGAGUGAUGUUGUGAGGCGCGCAGUCUUUCUCUUGCUCCUUAGGAGCAAGGUGCUGGGUUCAGCAGCAGCAGCAGCAGCAGCAGCAGCAGCAGCAGCAGCAGCAGCAGCAGCAGCAGCAGCAGCGGCAGCAGCAGCAGUGGAGGCGUCUCAAAUCAAGGCGCUGGGGGAAGCAGCAGCAGUGGAGGCGGCGUUUUCCCUAGACCGCCCCAAGGCCAAGCUGCUGCCCGUGGCUGACGACUCCUUGCAGCCGGCUGACCUCCAGCCAGGGUUCCGUGUUAGAGUCAUCCCUGUCCUGGGAACCAUACCAGCCAUGUUUGGCCUGGCGCUGGCGACACGUGUCGUCACCUCAUUGGCCGGAAUGGACGUGGGGUUCGAACCGGUGUUGAGGCUAAGUGCAGACCACUACUCGCUGCUGCAUCAGAGGCUGGUGGAGAGGGAGGAGAUGCGGUUUGGAUCGGCUCAGGAGGUGGAGAGGGGGGAGGGGCUGAGUGUUGCCAUUCUAUCUGCUUCUCCAAAGGCUGGUGGAGAGUAG